AUGCAAUUCCACGCAAACUCCACCGUCUUUAACAUGUUCCAUGAACAACAACAGCAAUGCUGUUACAUGGACGAGGCCAAGUUCGGAGCCGGUAAGCGCACAUUAGCCCGUCGAGCCGACUUUUAAUUUGCUCGAGUUUCAGUGCUCGGCUCCACUAGCCGUCGGGUUUUCGGCUUGGCCACCGUCGCCACCACUUCCCCAGCUGGCCCACUCACCUCCGCAGGAUGCAGUCUGCUUCGCCCACAACCAUCCUCCGAUCCGAAAUCUCUGUCGAAACCUGCCGGAUUGCCUGAUGACAGCUCCCCAGCUCCACCAGACCACUUCUGCAGACAGCUCGCCACAGUUCACGCCUCCGCCAAGUUGCGAGUUAAUUGUGGUUCUCGACGAGCAAACUACAAUGACACGACGUUCGAUACCGAGUUCGAGCCGUCAUUUGAACGAGCCCGACAUGCGCAUGCCCCAGUCGUCGAGUACGACGUUUGAAAAUGAAGCACCACUGGUGUACCCAAACUACGAUUUCUUCGAUUUCCCGGACCCAACCUUCUUCCAACCAGCUGCUAGUACCUCCUCGGCCAACGCCUCGGCCUCGUCGCCAGAGUUUCUCGACCUGGACUCGUUGAUGAGCUGUGAUAUCACUUCUCUUGACGCCUACAUCCACGACGACUCCAUCGUCGAGCAACCGCUCCCUUCCUCAGCCGCUUCCUCCACCUCUUCUCCUCUCACAUCUUCUGAUGACGUCGAUCCUGUCGACGAGUUCUUUCCACAGUUGGUGCAUCAAAAUAAAAGUGAGUUGACAGUCGUGAGAAUCAGAUUCAUACCUGUCACGUCAUCGUCCUCCUAUUAGUUCCCUGAAAUAAAAGUAAACACAAAACAAUAUUGAAUUUUCAGUGCGUUCCGAGACGCCCCGCGUCCGCAAGCCGUCGUCGGUAAGCAGUUCUGUCUCCUCCGCCGACUCGUCUUCGGACUACCGCCAGAAGCGCGACAAGAACAAUUUGGCAUCACAAAAGUCGCGUCAGAAGCGUCAGAAUAAAAUAAAAGAGGCGAAAGAGGAGAAGGAGCGACUUGAGAAGCGAAAAGUACAACUCCAAGCGAUGGUUUCGACGCUCGAGACGCAAGUCGAGGACUACAAGCGACUGGUUAUGAUGUUCGUUAAGCGUUAA